AUGGAUAUUGCCGGGGGAUCUGCACAGACAACUUCGAGAGACUUCACUUCGUGGCCCAUGCCUCAUAUACUCACCCAGCAUCCCAUUCUCCUCGCCUUGGCGGCGGUUAAUGACAUUCCCUUCCCGGUGGACACUGCGUUUCUCCAGCCGACCGGGGACAAUCUCUCCAUCCCGGCCGUCGACGUCGCCUUACUGUCCGCGUUCGUUCAGUUGCCGGACAUCGGCAUCGACGGGACUCUGCGCAUUUUCAGAGGUCAGACCUCAAGGGACCAGCGCCCCAAUAAAGACCUUCGACCGGAGCUUUAUCGACUACAUCUUGCGUCGUACCCGGAUCUCGAUCGCCUCUGCAACAUUGCUGCGGACAGAGUGAUUCCUCAUUGGACAAGUUCUUCCCUUCGUGUUGGUCGCAAUCGAAGGGGCUUCAAUGAUUACUACAAAGGAAGAUGCAUCCUGGCCACAAUGGCAGCGCUGUCAUCGGACCCCUCAUUUCAUUCCAGUGCGUUCGCCCUCGUUCCUAAGCAGGAUAAGCCGAUCUCGGAAGAUGGCCGUACCAUUCAUGAUUUGUCAGCUCCUGUUGGGUUUUCAGUCAACGACAUCACCGACGCAUCGUUUACACCUGAUGCUCGAUGGGAUCCGUACGUCAGUAUCUCCUCCCGUGUACUGGAGUUACGAAGACGCUACCCAGGGUACGCCAUUUACGCGCUUGGGGCGGACAUUGCGGAGGCAUUUCUCCAUAUCCCGGUCCACUCUCGCCACGCCUCCGCAUUUGGGGGCACCAUCCCACGAUCGCAGGUAGGCAUCGUGUCGGGCAUCGCAGUUUUCGGAUGGACGGCCUCACCACGCUACUUCACGGUUGCCGGUAAAGCUGCCCGCCACUAUCAGCGCACAUGCGCCUCUUACGUGCUUGGAUUCCCAGAACCGUUCUGGAUAUUUCAGUGGGUUGACGACAUAGUCAUCAUCGAGAGCGCCGUCUCAAGAGACGCAAUCAAUCUCGUGUUCGGUUCGGAAGGUUGGCAUGAAGGAAAGUUUCGGGCCUGGUCUCAAUGCUUCCAUGCUGUGGGGAUCGACUGGAACUUUCCGGAGAGCAACAUCACUAUUCCCCAGCGAAAGAUUGCCAAAACCAAGCGUGUCCAAAGACUCGACAGUCUCGUGGGUGUACUGCGGCACAUUGUGACGUUCAUCCCUAUAGCCAAGCCGUUCAUGCAAAGACUGAUAGCUUUCCAGUUGGCAACCAAAACGUCCGGUCGUACCGGAACUCCAAUGACCGAGUCUCUUCAACUGGACCUGAAAUGGUGGGAUCAACUUAUCUUUCAGAACGAAUUUGCCGGGGUGCCGAUGACACUAUUCGACAGAGAACUACCUGAAGUAGAUGGCUGA